UCAAUAAAAAAAAAAAAAAAAAGCAACGGAAAUGGAAAUGGAAACGGGGACUCGUAAUGAUUAUGUUCGUAAACCAGAGGAGGAGGAGAUGGCUAUGGCGAUCAGAAAAGGCAUGAAAAACAAAUGGAAAGAAGUGGUGGAACUAUACAGUAGACAUCCAUUGGCUCACGUGACAAGGAUCAGCCGCUCAGGCUACACGGCGUUGCACGUGGCGGUGUCAGACGGCAAAGAAGACAUCGUCAAGAAACUCGUGGCGGAGCUUGUCAAAACGGCGCCGUCAGGUGUUCCGGCAGCUCUGAAAAUACGGAAUGAAGAAGGGAACACGCCGCUGCAUGUGGCUGCGUCGAUGGGGAGCGUCGACAUGUGCAAGCUCAUCGUCAGCGGCGACGUCUCUCUCGACCGUACCGGCGGUGCUGAGUUGGUGGAGAUUCAGAACGAAUUGGGGGAAACUCCGCUGUUCUUGGCUGCUUUCCACGGCAAAAUGCAAACUUUUCUGUACCUGAACGAUGUUCUCGUGCGAAGAAGGAAAGUAGAAGAUGCAAUCAGAAGUUGCAGGAGAAACGACGGUGACACUAUUUUGCAUUGUACAAUCAAUGCCGAAUACAUGGAUUUGGCAUUUCAAAUAGUUAAGAGUUAUAAAGAACUGGCUAUGUAUGUUAAUGACGAUGGGGAAAGCCCUCUUCAUAUAUUGGCCGAAAAGCCUUCAGCCUUCAAAAGUUCUACCAAGUUUGGAAUAUGGAGAAAAAUCAUAUAUGGAAGUAUUACAGUGGAAAAGCCUAAGGCCAUAACAAACUAUGAAGAUUCACCAAAGGAAAAGGCACACAAAGAUUACCCCCAAAACUACGCCACUUUGAUCGGUUGCUUCCAUCUUCUAAAGAAGCUUGCUCUGGCAGUUUUUUUUUACUUAAUUAUAAUUUCCAUUAUUUUCUAUAAUUUAGUCGUAUAUGGAAAUAGAGGGGGUAGAAAAGAAGCCGAUCCAGAGGAUCAUAUGAGAAACGACAAACGUAACCAUGAAGACAUUGCAAAAGAAGUCGACCGAAAGAAUCCAGUAAAAAAUGUCAAAGAAAAGUCAGCAGCUCGGAAUAGAAAUGAUGAUGAAAAUGAAUAUAGUUCUGUUGUUCCAUACAAUUAUAUCAAUCUCUUCAACUUUGGCAAACUCUUAUUGAAGGGGAUACUGGUUUUAACGGGACAAGGAUAUGGUGGGAUAAUCAACAUGAUCCAAUUAAAAGAGAAGCAUACGUACGCUCAAGAAUUGUUAUUUGAACUCCUAACCAAUGAUCUUUAUUCAAACGAACGCCCUGGGGAGAUGCCUCAUGCACAUGGUGGUAUACAUGAUCACGAAAUUGAAGAAGACGAAAUAUUCAAAAAAAUCUUAAAAGAAGUAAAGCGUCAUAAAAAGACAGACACAGCUGUGUUAAUUGCAUCAAGAAAUGGUAUCACAGAAAUGGUAGAGGCCAUCGUGGAAAAAUUUCCAUUGGCGAUCUAUGAUGUGACCGAAGAUAAGAAGAAUAUAGUGUUGGUGGCCUUGGAACAUAGGAAAGCACAAGUAUACAAGUUGUUGCUGAAGACACAUCCAGAAAAUGAGAGCCUUUUUUGGAAACUCGACAAAAAUGGUAACAGUGCACUGCACAUUGCGGCACAAUUGGAUAGAAAACGACAUAACCAGUGGAACAUUCCCGGUGAUGCCCUGCAACUGCUCUGGGAAAUCAAAUGGUAUAAGUUCGUGGAUGAUACUAUGCCACAAGAAUUUAAUGUUCGUUUCAAUAAAGAGAAAAAAACUCCAGCGGUGGUUUUCACAGAAAACCAUGAGGACCUUGUUAAAAGUGGUGGAGAGUGGAUGACGAAAACCGCCGAAGCCUGCUCGGUAGUGUCCACCCUCAUCGCCACCGUUGCCUUUGCCAGCUCCACUGCUCUACCAGGCGGCAACAAUGACAACGGAGUGCCAAUUUUCGAGAAGGCGCCGGCGUUUAAAAUCUUCGCCAUGUCGUCACUGGCGGCCCUCAGUUUCUCCAUCACCUCUUUGGUUAUGUUCCUCGCCAUACUCACUUCCCGUCUUUCAGAGAGAGAUUUCGGUAAAAGUUUGCCGUUGAAGCUCCUGAUUGGCUUGACAUCACUCUUCAUCUCCAUAGCUUCCAUGCUUGUUUCUUUCUGUGCUGGCCAUUUCUUCGUUCUCAAAGACUCGCUCAAAGUGGCUGCCUUUCCGGUCUAUGCUCUCACUUGCAUUCCUGUUACUUUCUUUGCCAUGGCUCAGUGUCCACUCUAUUUCGAUCUGGUAUGUGCAACGUUUCGGAAUCCCUUUGGGGACGCAACAAAAAUUCUUUCAUAUCGUAAUGAUAUACAAUCGAAACGUGAAUUACAAGACUAGUAUAUAUGGAGAUUGGAGAAUUUAUAUGCAUACGUACGUAUAGUGUAUAUUGUAUGUAAUUGAAAUAAACUUUUGUGUGUGUUUUGAUGUUGCCUGUUUAAUAAUAAGUUCUUGAUUUAACAAGUUGUGUGUUCAUUGAUGUAUGUACGUAAUAUUGGGGGUUUUGGGGAUAUAUUAGGGCAAAAGAUUCUUAUUUGUUUGUGGCAAUAGGCCUAUUGUAAUUAGGAGGAAAUUAUAUUUUAUAUGAGAUUUUUA